CUUUCAUCGUUCGCGCCCAAAACGGUUCGAAAUAGACUCCGGCGCAUUUACAGCAACCCGCACGUCACCAGCGGCGCAUUGACCCUAACUCGGCGCAAUGUUACUGCCCUCUGCUUUCUCCUGUGACGGAGGACAGCACCCCGAUGCAAGACCACAGAGGCCAAAGCUGCCCUCCUUCACUUCAUAUCAACCACAACAUUCUAUACAAGCGCGCCCGAGCCCGCUGUCCUCGAGCUGUCGCGCUCUACAGGCCGUCUUAGGUGGCCCUUCGUCGACACAGCUACCCGCCGCUGUAUUACCACGCGAAUGGCAGGAUCCAUUCAAAAUACCAGAUCAAUCUACACCCGCACCAGUGAUACUUCUACCACCACCAAGAAGCUCAAAGAAACGGCGCCGGAGUUACUUCGAACAAGAUGCCGCCCCACAGGAGUUCUCAGACACAUUAAUGGAAAACUGUCCGCAAACACCACAACCGAUACGUACGCCCAAAAGACGACGGAAGAUUCCCUUGUCAAUACCUAUGGGUCUAUCAGCCGACGACUUUCGCGCCCUUGAUACUCCUCCAGAGGAGAAGGCAGACUUCAACAUGCCCGUCAUGAGUCCGGUCAAUACGUACUCAGACAGAGACUCUGCAUACGGGGCGUCCCCAUCAUUGGACGACCCUGACUGGACGAUUGACGAUGAUAGAAUGCUGGUAGAGACCGUACUCGAGAAAUUAAGGCUUUCAAAACGUGACUGGAAUGAGUGUGCGAGGAAACUGGGUAAGGACAAAGACAGCCUCGGCACGCGGUGGAGUCUUUUAGUAGGAGAAGGCAACGUAGGUCUCCGAAGAGGAGGGAGAAUCUCGAGAACAGAUUUGGACAUUUCGAGUUGGUAGUUGCACCGUCCGCUUUGGACCUACCAACCAUUCUUGCCUGUAUGAAAAUCUUCUGCCAGCUCCAGCGAGCUGGCCAUCCAUAGAAUUACCAGAUUUACCAUGCUUCAUGCCGGAGAUUUCCAUCAGACUGUCUGAUAUUACCGCGAUCCGCGAUCUGACCGCUGGUAUGGUUCUGUCUGAAUUGACCGAUUUCUACCGAUUCCUUCCGAAGAGGAAGUCGCAGUAGAGCGUCGCGCUGGUCGGUUGCACGAC